AUAAGCCGCUAUGUUUGUUGACACACCCGUCGGCCGCUUGGGACGAGGAUUAUGGUGAAACGUAAAUUAGCCGGUGAUUGACAGUUGACAAUCUAUUAACCAAUGGGCGGACUAGGUUAUAUCGAGGGGGCAUCUCUCCAAUUAAAGCACGUGUGUUUCCCGCGCCCUGAUUGGCUGGAAAAGAUAGCAUCUUCUCCAACCGAGUGAAGCGACUCAUCAAUCUUUGACUGAGACCACAAAAAAAUUUGGCUGGGACCACCCAGCCCGCCCCCUGCUCUAACUCACUCGCUUUUUGUUGUGGCUUUUAAAGAAAUUACUUCAAUUACCCAUGGUGACACGGGGCUGGCUUAGCCAUGACCAAUAUUUGACUUGGUCGGCUAAAAGGUGCCAAGAAACAACCCUAAUUCAAUAGCAGGGUGACAACCUAAUAAUGACUUGACAACGCUAAAACAAUUGGCAACUACACGACAAUAAUCCGUGAGCAAAUCAUCGGCACAUUGAGUGGUCAUAUAAAAAAUCCCCCCAUUGCAGAGGCUACAAUUGGACGUCAAUGCUGAAAGAUGAAAUUUAGUGGGAGGGGGGCAUGUACUGAAACUCCGUGCGAUCGAGUUGUGGUGGAAAUCCUCCCAAUUACGUUACAAAUUGAGGGCACUUGGCAGGCUUUCUUCGCACGGUGAGCUUCUUCCGGCCUGCGGGGAGGACCUGCAUUGCGUGGUGUGUAAUUGAGUGGGGCCGAGCCACUUUAACAUGCUGUUAAAACGUUUAAAAACGCCAACAAUUCGGUGUAAUAGCAAGGCCCACCAAUAGCGAGGCUCGCUGAAGCAGGGAUGUUUUUAUCUCCACCCAGCAUCGCUCCAGGGCCCUUAUGGUGCUGUCAAUCUUCUAUCAAACGUCAUUUGUACUUCAUUAUUACAGAUGAAUAAUACAUAUUGUUGAAUCUCGGCCGUCCUACGGAGGCCCUCGGAGAUCCAAACAGGCCAACGUGUAUAUACAACAAUUGUGCAUGUUGCAGGUACUCUGUUUGUGACAGGGAGAGGAUACUACAGACUUUAGGAGAGUUGUGUGUCCUCACAAACAGCACCACAGGAUGGAAGCCCAGACUAGCUCCUUAACUCCGUUUUCUAUCAAUGACAUCCUGACUCGGCGUGCCCCUGGGCGAGACGAGAAGCUUACAACAAGCACCGGACAGGAGCAAGUACACGUCGGGGCCAGCUCAGCUCCGUGCCCGAGAACGGCACACCAGUCUACCGCUGCUUCUCACGAACCCGUCACGAACACUGUUACCACAACCGAGGCCGAGCUGGUGAACGUGCAGCGACUGUCACCGCUACAGGAGAAGACAGGGGUCGGGGUGAACAUGCACCCUUCCCCGCCGGGACGGGCGACUAGCACGGAAACGGUGCCGACUGACCCCGAGCCAGAAAAGGACAGCGGGGCCGAGGACUCUCACGAGGACGUGAAGACCGAUGAGUCAGACAAGUCGCAGCAGCAGAACAAACCCAGGAAGAAGCGAUCCCGAGCCGCCUUUUCUCACGCUCAAGUGUUCGAGUUAGAGCGACGGUUCAGCCAUCAGCGUUACCUCUCGGGCCCGGAGAGGGCGGACCUAGCCGCGGCGCUCAAGCUCACGGAGACCCAGGUAAAAAUCUGGUUUCAGAACAGAAGGUACAAAACCAAACGCCGUCAGAUGGCUCAGGAACUGCUAACGCCACCGACCGCUAAGAAAGUUGCCGUGAAAGUCCUUGUCAAGGAUAACCAAAGACAAUAUAGCCCUGAGGACCUGGUUAGACCGUCCAUGUUACCCACUAUGACCAGCCCUGUGUACUACUACCACCCGUACUAUGCCCUCCCACACACAUGUACACAACCCUUCAACGUUUUCGCCCAUGGAAUGACGUGAUGGACAAAGCGCAAACCAUAUAGGACUCUUUAAACUUGUCGUAUUUAUAUGAUGUGAGUUUUUUUGGACAAUAAUUUGUCGAAGUCUGGAGUUGAGAGAGAUCUCCGAAGCCGGGCCGACCGGUACACUAUAGAGGCUGGGCCAGCGUAAGUGUGCAUCUUCGGUCGCUAUAAUUGUUCUGCCCCGGUGAGAAAGUAGACAUGUGCCUUUAUUAGGUCUACCUAAGUGCAGGCAAAUAAAAGCAGGGCUUGUUGACAUGGCAAGGUUUCUAUGAUGGCCCUUAAUUUGCUUGCUUUAACACCAGAAAUUGCUCUUACGCCACGUUACUGCCAAUAUUGUUUCGGACAAUAUUUUUUUGUCGGUUCGAACAUACAAGGAUAGAUUUGUAAACGAUUGGUAGUAUUGCGACUCACUGCUGUUAAAAGAUGUCCGGCUAUUUCCUCUAGACUUUAGCUGAUACUGUAGAUCAGUAUCGGAAGGCUUACUGAGACAUGUACAGUGUUUAUAGAGUGAUUUGUAGGAGAUUUGGACUCCUAAUUCCACGCCUGUCAGAGCGGGGCGAUGUACGGAAGCUGUUAGCAGAGCGGUCACCACGGGGCUCAUUACCCGUAUUAACAGAUCGGCUUAUCUCUCCUAAAACAUAAACUCGCAUGUCCUCUCCCUGUAUCAGCAUAGUACAGAUAAAAACAGAGAUUAAAACAUCUUGACUU